GUUUCUGCUCACGGAUGACCAGUACCUUUCCAAUUUUGGGGUUUACGUUUAUUUUUAAGUGAGUUAGAUCGGUUUAUUAUUGUAGAUCAAGAUAACGUGGGAUAGGGUAGGCUAUUCCUCGACAAAUAAGUAACAUUCAUUGUAAAAUGGCAAGUGAAAUUGUGGUAUUGACGUCUGAUUCUGAAGAUGAUGUUGAGUUUUGUGGGGAAUCACCUGGCAAAACGCCCUCCCAUACUAUUCACCAACCCUCAGAUUCGGACGAAGAGUUCAUGAACUUAGAUUUAGAUUCCCCAGUACGUCAAAAACAAAGUGAAAAUUUUGAUUUCAUGAAUCUAGGAACUAUACCAGAAAAAAGUUCAGGAAGAAUUUUAGCAAGCGAUUUAAUGCAGACCCAUGAAUCAAGGCCUUACUCCAAAACAGAAAAUUUAAGUUUACCAAAUCUGUGUUCUCUUCCAAGUGAAGCUGCAAGUUGCAAUAACCAACCUGGGAAAAAAUUAACUAAAACCAAGCAAGCCAAAGCAUAUGAUAAAGCCUGCAAAGCAGCUGAAGCAGCGAACAAAAAAUCAAAUAGAGCUUCUGAUUGCCUCAAAAAUGUUACAACACUUAUUGAUUCACGUUUACUUGAUGCUAUCCCUAACAGUGGCAAUAUUUUAACCCAGCUUCAGCAUUCUGAGAUGAAGCAUUCAAUUAUAGUGUCUCCCAUUCCCAAUUCUGUUUGUUGGAAGAGGGAGAAGAUUAAUUAUCAUGCAGCUGAAGAUGCUGUAAUUUGUUCAACAUCAACAACUGUACUUGAAGAUGAUGGUUUAAUUGUUCUAAUGGCUGAACAAUUUUUCACACUUGCGCAAUCAUCAAUCUGUGAUUAUGUUGCGAAAGUUUUGAAAAGUUUAAACAAACAGACCCUUACAUUGGUUGUCUAUGGCCUAACUACAUAUUGGAAAGAGCAAUCACGAAAGGACAAACGGCGGUUUCGUGAUCGUGUGUCCACCUCGACAGAAACCUCAAAAAAAAUUGGCUACCCGUUGGACGAUGAUAUUGGUUUUACACCUGCCGACCUGGAAAUACUAAAAGUUAAAUUAGUCUUGCAGACGGAAUGCUCAUUGUGGCCUGUAGAGACCGCAGAAGAAUUGGGAACUGUAAUUACGAGGAUAACUAAAGCCGUUGCUGAGCGCCCAUUCAAGGAUGAGCGGUUGGAACGGACGUUCGAUUUUUAUGCUGCUGAUGUUAGCGGUAAUGUCAAGGUAAGUAAAGACGGCCACGGCCUCGAGCGCUUAUGGCAGCAACAACUAAUGCAAUUUCCGUUGGUUGCUUUGGAAACCUCCCAAGCAAUUGCUUCGCGAUAUCCAUCUCCUCAAGCUUUAAUUCAGGCUUACAAAACGUGCAAAAAUGAUAAAGAAGCAUCACUUCUACUCCAGGAUAUACCGAUUCGGCGACACGCUGGACCGCUUUCUACAUCAAGGAAAGUAGGGCCAGAGCUCAGCAAAAAGAUUUACAAAUUUUUUUUUGGUAAAGAUGGUUUUGCAAUUCUGUGAAUUUAGUUAUUCAUUUCCUUGUUACAAGAUUGAUUGGAUUAACACCAGACACAUCUUUGUCUGGAAUAUAAUGCUGAUAGAAA